UAUUACAAGUAGGAAAACUGAUCAUUUUCUUUCAAAUUUUUAUGUAGCAAUUUUUGCAGCUCAUGGUGUACAGAGUGUAAGUGGCGUUUGCAUCGACGGAUUAUUAUGCGGCAUGCAGCGGACCAAAUGAGUGCGGGGGCUCCUUGUAUUGUCAAUGCACCCAUCUGGCAAUGCGAACUAGUGUUAACAAGACGGGAAGAUGUUCACCUCUGACACCGUCGGCAAAACCAGUAACAGCAGCAACAACGUAUCGCCUUCCAAGCGCAGUUUCAGCUCGCAUAAACCGGCCUUUGGUGACAUAGGACCGUUAGGGAAUCAGACUUCUCCUUUGACCGCAGCUGCCGUCCCGAAGAAACCCAACCAUAAUGCUCACAACCAAAGCCUGUCUACGACAACGGCUGCAGAAUCAAUAAGUGCGGUUUCGACGCCGCCAAAGACCUCAAAGACACUGACGGCUAACCACCGAGACCGGCAAAUACGACUGCGCAAGACGACUGCGCAAAUACGACUGCGCAGGUAAUUUUUGUUUUGUAAAGUUUAUCGGUGCGGCUGCUGCGCUUCAAUCUGUUGCAGGUAGUACUCGUCACUGCGUUUAUAUGGCUCUCCAUCCUCACCCAAUAAUGCCGGCUCCAACAUCAGUAUGCGGAACUACCGUGACUGCUGUCCAUGGAUCGCACGUGGAGCAACUUGCGACCUUGUGGAAUGAGCUUCCUUUACCUCCAGAAUCCUACAAGUCCCUCUGUGCUUUCCAGAAGGCACUCGACGACGUGGAUUGGAUGAAACUUACGUGGAUUAAGAAGCAUCCUCUGUGGAUUAAGAAUCACCCUCAGUUUGCCGCUUGAAAUAUAUGUGCUGUCGUUGUUGUUUCGUUAAAUUUCAGCUGAAACUGACUGUACAGGCUGCAAGUGAUGUCGGUAGAAUCCGUUUGAUCUUGGAUACAACAUCCUUCUUUUUGCGCGAAAAUUUCUGUUUGUUUUCCAUCUUCUCUGUCUUAGCUUUAAGGGGGCAAUGCUCCGUAGCGAAGGACAAUAAAUUCCGUUAUUAGGAUUA